GCCUUCUAGCCCGCCUUAACAGGCGAAGAAGAGCUCCGUUGCUAUGCGACAGUAUCACGAUAUACACUACCCAGUUGUGAAAUGGUUUAAGUGUUAACCGGCUAUCCGUAUUUUAUCACAACUUUUAAGAGGUUUGCAAUUUACCUUCAGCAACUGUUCAGCCAUGCCUCUUCCAGACACAAUGUACUGUGCCCAGCAGAUCAACAUCCCUCCUGAGCUGCCCGACAUCCUCAAAAACUUCACCAAGGCGGCCAUUCGGACACAGCCCAGGGAUCUGUGCCAGUGGUCUGCAGCUUACUUCAGUGCACUGUCUAAAGGAGAACGACUGCCUGUCAAGGACAGCCUGGAGACUAAUGUUGCCACUCAGAAGACGGACACUGGGCUGACUCCAGGUUUACUGAAGAUUCUCCACAAACAGCUGUCCCCGGGGCAAACAUGCAGCAAAGAAGAGCUGCAGAAGAAAUGGAAGGGUCUGUGUCUACCCAUGGAUAAGCUGGAGAUGAUGCUGGCGCUAGGCUGCUUCACCUCAGAAAUCAACUGGAUGGAGUUUUUUGCCCUGGGCUGCAGCGAUCUGGGAGCGAACCUUCUAGGUUCCUUGAAAAUUGCCUGCGAGAUCCUGACAGAGGACGAGGAUGGCGGUGCUGCCAGGAUCCCGUUCAGCACCUUUGUUGAACUCUACACAUUCCUGGCAAAAGUAGAUGGAGACAUGACACAAGACUACAUAGACAACUUCCUGAGCCGCCUGCAGCCGACAGUCAACAAGCAGAAUGGCGCGAUUCAGGCCUCUGACUUCCACAUCAGCAGAAAGCGGGGAGAGACGGGAGAGCCAGGAACAAGGAAGGGAGGAAUAAAAGAUGCCAAAUUACAGCAUUCAAUUGAAAAAUGGAUGUCGGAUUGCUCCUCCAAGCGCAGGUGUUGUUUCAUUUUCCAGAAACUCUUAGCACCAGGCACAGUUGGUUAUUAUUCAUCACUGUCGGGCUGUUAAAGCUGCAGGUUGCAAUCUUUUAAUGAGCAGCGAGAGAUACACAACAGCCUUACACAAACUGUCAGGUCAAAUUUCUCUCUGCUUUUCAUUGUGCCAUGCCUUUAUGUUUGAGUUAGAAAAGUUCAUUUAUCAUAUACACAACAUACCAGCUUGCAGCUUCACAGCAUUUGGCCUCUUCUGUAUUUACCUCAACAAGCAGGCGAAAAAGAGAAGAGGCGAGGAGAUAAGCUCGGAGGACACAAGUGUGAUUUUAUUAAAGCUAUGUGUUGGUUACUCCUUUUUACAGCUUUCUGAGGUGCAGGAAGUAUGAAAUGCACAUUCAAGACAGGUUCUCGCUAGCCACACAACCUGCAUAAUCAAUCUUGGCGCCUCUGUCUGGACUUGAGCGUGUUCACAUUGUUAAAAGACGCUGUCGGAGUGGGAGCGUAUUCUGCGGUAGGUCACGCAGGUACAAUGUGACAUUUUUCUGACGCUGCCUCGUAGUUGUGUCAUUUCUACACCAGUAGGUUACACAGACACGGGAGAUUUUCCCCCAAAGGGCUGCGCCUGUGGCUGAGUCGCAGGGGACUGAAGGACAGAUUCAGGUUAUCAGAACCCCUGGUAUCACACAGACGAUGACACAGAAAAAAGCCACAUUCAUUUGGCAGUAGGAAUCAUAAUAGACAGGUUUAGGGUCGGAUGUUUUACUGAAAACCAGAAAGAUUCUUUUAAGGAAGCAGGAAAGUCCAUUUUUGUCUCUAGGGACCAACAUGUCCCCCAUCCUGGAACUUCCCAGGAAUUACUGGAAUUACGUUUGUAGGUGUGUAAACACUGUCACUGUUGUUUUUACAGUCCAGUCCAGCACUGGUGGGACUUUCUGUAGGUGGUUUUAUGAGGGGGUUACCUGUUUGAAUUUCCUUUUUAUAUCAUUGACUUAAGUUAUGAACAGUGAACAAAAGUACAAGUGAAAGCGAAACUAAGCAUGUUCAUGUUACUGUAAGCGUCACAACAUGAAACAAAAAAUGUAAGAGCUUCUAGUUACUCAAAACGUAUGACCUGUCAUUAUAGAGGUGAAAUCCCCUCUCUGUUUCACUUUAGUGCUUCCUUCAGCUAAAAAGGUUCUCCAGUGCAGAUCCUGGACUGUAUACGCCAUUGUUUUACAAGAACGGAAAUUAAAAGCAGCAUGAUGUCAUUGCAAAGAUGUCAGGGGUGCAGGAAUCUCGGCUCCAGAGUGGACCUUGUUGCACAAUCUUGACUCUUUCUUCAGUUUUUACUCUCAACAUCCCAUCUCCAGGGACACAGCGAAUGUAGCAGAGCAGUGUGAAGGACAGAGGAGAGGAGCCAGUGGACACAGGGGCCUCUGUUCUCCUCUCUCGCUCUCUGUGGUUGUUGUGUAACAGACAUCAGUGUAGGAAUGAAGGGAAAUAUGGAUCGUGCUGCAUUUUGAUGUAGCAGAGCACAAAUGAGCCUUCAUUGGACCUAUUGAAAUAUCAAUCUGCUGUUUUACAUGAUUCAAACUGUGUAGAGCUCUUUGUUACUGCCUAUACAUAUAAGUACGUUGGGCUUUUAGGAGCGAUGGCUGUUAUUGUACAUUUGCAUGCACACAUUUGUAA